AUGAUGUUUACAAUUGAAGAAAUAAAUAACAGAUCAGAUAUCCUUCCUGGAAUAAUUCUGGGUUAUAAAAUAUUUGAUGCCUGUGGGUCCACAUCAAUGGCUGUGCGAGCUGCAAUGGCUCUUAUGGCCGAACAAAACCAAGUAAACACUCCAAAUAAGUCCUGCACAAGAUCAUCAUCCGUGCCUGCCAUAAUAGGGCAUUCAGGUUCCUCUCAGACUAUUGGAAUCACUGCAACCCUCGGUCCUUUUAACAUUCCUGUGAUCAGUCACUUUGCAACAUGUGCCUGUCUCAGUGAUAAAAAGGAGUACCCAACAUUUUUCAGGACAAUACCAAGUGACUACUAUCAAAGUAGAGCCCUUGUGAAGCUUGUCAAGUAUUUUGGAUGGACCUGGGUGGGUGCAAUAAGAAGUGAUGGUAACUAUGGUAAUUUUGGAAUGGCCACAUUUCUCCAAUUAGCCGAGCAGGAGGGCAUUUGCGUUGAAUACGCGGAGGCUGUUAAACGAAGUAAUCUGAGAGAAAAGUUUCUUAAGGUUGUAGAUAUUAUUAAGCAAUCAACUGCCAAGGUUAUAGUAGCAUUUACAACAUAUUCAGAUUUUGAAUUUCUUGUCACUGAGUUGACUCUUCAGAAUGUGACUGGCUUACAGUGGGUGGGAAGUGAAUCUUGGGCUUCAACCAGAAAUCUGGCAACUCCUACAAAUUUCCGAGUUCUUGGUGGAACAAUUGGGUUUGGAAUCCCCAAUGUAAUGGUGCCUGGUCUGAAAGAGUACAUAUUAAACAUUAAUCCCUCUAAAGAGCCAGGUUGGAAUGAGUUAUGGGAAAGUACAUUUAGCUGCUCCCUGAGUGCUCAAAAACAAACAGCAAGUGUAAAGCCAUGUACUGGAAUGGAAAAUCUUAAACAAGUAAACAACGACUUCACGACUUUGACUGAGCAGGCUAUACACUACAAUAUGUACAAAGCAGUUUAUGCUUUAGGUUAUGCUUUGCACAACAUGCUUUCAUGUUCAGAUGGUCAAGGACCAUUUAUUAAUAGGACCUGCGCAGACAAAAAGAAAAUUCAACCAUGGCAGGUGCUUCAGUAUCUUAAAACAACUAACUUCAAAACCAAGAUUGGAGAAUACAUUUAUUUUGAUAAAUAUGGAGAUCCACCAGCAAAAUAUGAAAUACUCAAUUGGCAGCUCAAUACAGAGGGCAUUGUAAAGUUUGCACUAAUUGGACUGUACGAUGCCUCUUUACCAGAAGGCCAACAGUUUAUUAUGAAUAAUAACAGCAUAAUUUGGACUGUCAACCAGACAAAAGUUCCUAGAUCUGUGUGUACUGAUAGCUGUCUUCCUGGAACACGUAAAGCUGCCCAGAAAGGAAGACCAGCCUGUUGCUUUGACUGUAUUGUGUGCUCUGAAGGUGAAAUUACCAAUACAACAGAUGCAACAGAAUGCCUCAUAUGCCCUGUAGAAUACAAAUCAAAUUAUGAAAGAGAUCAGUGCAUCUUGAAAGAAAUUGAAUUUUUGUCCCAUGGAGAAGUAAUGGGCAUUUCAUUGGUUGUAAUUAGCCUUUUGGGAGCUUGUGGAACCAUUAUUGUUGCUUCUGUAUUUUUCAGUUAUAAGGACACUCCUAUUGUCCGAGCUAAUAACUCAGAGUUAAGUUUUCUUCUGCUGUUCUCACUGACCCUGUGCUUCCUUUGUUCGCUUACCUUCAUUGGCGAGCCCUCUCAAUGGUCCUGUAUUUUGCGUCACACUGCUUUUGGGAUCACAUUUGUUUUGUGCAUCUCUUGUGUUCUGGGAAAAACAAUAGUUGUGUUAAUGGCCUUCAGAGCAACUCUGCCUGGGAGUAAUGUCAUGAAAUGGUUUGGACCCGCUCAACAGCGAUUAAGUGUGUGUAGUUUUACACUUAUACAAGUCUCCAUAUGUACACUGUGGCUAACCAUAUCACCACCUUUUCCUAUAAAAAAUAUGAAAUAUUCUACUGAAAAAAUUAUACUAGAGUGCCAUGUGGGAUCUGUUGUGGCAUUUUAUGCUGUGCUAGGUUAUAUAGGAUUUCUUUCAGCCAUGUGCUUCAUCCUGGCUUUUUUGGCCAGGAAACUUCCAGAUAAUUUCAAUGAAGCUAAAUUCAUCACCUUCAGCAUGCUAAUAUUUUGUGCUGUUUGGAUUACCUUCAUCCCUGCUUAUAUCAGCUCACCUGGAAAAUAUACUGUAGCUGUAGAAAUAUUUGCAAUUUUGGCAUCCAGUUUUGGGCUGCUGUGUUGUAUAUUUAUUCCAAAAUGCUAUAUUAUUUUAAUGAAACCAGAGAUAAACACUAAAAAAUUCUUAAUGGGAAAAAUGCCAUCAAAAUCUUUAUGA